AUAAAUAAAAAUUCACAAACCACAUCAAAAUCAGGAGCAGGCGAACGCAAAAGGUGGAUACAUGAUCCGACAAGUGACCUGUGCCGGCCGUUAAAUUGCAAAAAGCGUGAAAUUUGUUUAUUGGAGGAUGAGUAUAGCGCAGUGUGCGUGUCGAAAAAAGAAUUGCACAAGAAUCGCGAUGAGAUAAUUUCGAAAGCCAAAUAUUUAGAGGAAGAAGCCAAGCGACGUGUCAAUCAGGACGAUAACGACGAUGAAGAUAAGAGUUUAAGCUCUGACGAGGAUUCGAAAGAGGAUGAUGUUUUCUAUGAGAGUAACAAUGCUGACAAAGACGACGAUGAGGAUGAGGACAAUUGCAAGCCCUGUCCUGUGGCAAAACCGACUUUCUUAUGCGGCGCCGACAACAGGACAUACUCUUCGUUAUGUAGAUUGGAUUACCAUAACUGCAUACAUGCAACAUCUAUAAGGAUCGCCUGCAAAGGAUUCUGUCCAUGCAAGGAAAAUAUUGACGGCAAGCGUUUGCAACGUAUUAGCGAGCGUCAAAAUGCUUUUAAUGCCAAAUAUAAGAAGACCAUAGAGCAACAGCAGAAACAAUUACAGCAACAACAGCAGCAGCAGCAGCAACAACAACAGCUAAUGUACAAGGACAACAAUAAUAUUUUGAGUGAUGACACCAACAACAAUAACUUUAAUGCUAUCAUGGACGUAAGUAGUAGCUAUAAUUUGUUUUUUGUUUUUUGUUUUCUUUUUUUUUUUCUUUUAUUUUUUUUUUUUGCAUGGAAAAUCAAGAAGAUGCAGAAACUAUAAAAUGUGUGUGUUGAUCGGGAGUACACUGUACAAUUGACUGUAUCAUGCAAUGAAUACAAAAACACUAACUAUAGAACACCCGAAAAACAGUAUUUUAAAUGUGU